CCUUAUUGAAUCCGGCCAUUGCUACCUGACAUGGUUUGUCAGUAAAGGAUUAUACGGCUUAGAGCAUCAUUUUCUCGACGGCUAAAAUUUACCUACACACAGCCCUUCUAUUUUCGACAAACGGGGGAAAAAGGUCUGAUUGCACGUUAGAGCAAAAUAGCUUCAUCAGGUAGCCAAUCACAACGCAGGAUUUGGGCGAUAUUGCAUACAGGCUCGUGGGGCAAGCCACCUAAUAACCACGUUAAAACACAAUAGCAUUUAAGCCAAUCAUAGCGCGCAUCUGGGUUUAAAUACGUGCAGAUAUUAUUUACAGAGGAAAAAUUGACGAAACAGAGGAACUCGGAAAUUAAACUCACGUACGUUGAUAUGGACUUGACCUUGGUUUUUUGCGCUCAUUCUGCCCAGAACUUGAGGUCACUGCGCUUUUAAAAGCACGUUUUAUUCCAAGAGUUUUCAGCCGCUAAUUACUAAUAAAAUACUUAUGCUUGCAAGCUCUUACGCCCACGUAGACAAGAUCUCACGGUUGAAUUCCGUAACCAAUUAGUUGCUUGUCGAUUUGAGUAAGAUUGACCGCCUCGCUAAUUCAUUAAUCAGUCAGCCUUAGCCUGGAGCAGCUCUCGGUUGAAGAUUCUCACUACAAACGAGUGAGCCGAUAGAUACGUUACAUAUUGCUCAAGCGGGUGAUUUUCAUCAGCAGGGACAAGUUGUAGAGCGGAAAAUUUCAAUCAAGCUCGCACGCUUUCUAAAGGCACCUUGCUGGAGGUUCGGACUUACAGGCGGUUAACGACUUCUUCCAAGAUGGCAGUGUUUCAGCCAAGUGGCAAACACGUUCUUCAUUCAAUGAAACCUUGUGAUCUCUCGUCAUGUACAAAGAGAGAAAUCAAGGAAUAUUUUGAAAACUCCUUUGAUCUCUACGAGACCCUAUUUACGACUCUGAACGAUGAGUCAGCUUUUUAUAAGUGCCCUGAUCGUCUUCGUCUUCCUCUGAUAUUCUACUUUGGACACACGGCAGCUGUUUAUGUCAAUAAACUUGUCCUUGCAGGACUCUUGAAGGAAAGGAUUAAUUUCUACUUCGAGACGCUGUUUGAGACUGGUGUUGAUGAAAUGUCCUGGGAUGACACGGAGAACUACAGGAUGGGUGGAAGCUUUGUGUGGCCAAAGGUUUCUGUGGUCGCUGAAUAUCGUAAGAAAGUCCGACAGACCAUGCUGGAUGUCAUCGAGAACACCCCACUUGAAUUACCUGUUACUCAGGAAAGCAAAUGGUGGGCUGUGUUCAUGGGAUUUGAACAUGAAAGGAUCCACUUUGAGACGUCGUCAGUUUUGAUCCGUCAGAUGCCGAAAGAACUUGUCAAGAAACCGCUGGGAUGGAAGGAUGGACCAUUAACAGGAGAUCCGGUGUUGUCCAAUCCUCUGAUUGAAAUAAGAACGGAGCGGGCUGUGAGCAUGGGGAAACCAGAAAACUUUCCAUCGUACGGCUGGGACAACGAAUAUGGCAAGUGGAAUGUCAAGGUUCCGCCUUUCAAAGCUUCUAAGUAUUUGAUUACCAACCGUGAAUACUUGGAGUUUGUUGAUGACAGAGGCUACGAAAAUUCCAAGUAUUGGACAAAGGAAGGUUGGCAAUGGAAACAGUUCCGCCAGUUACAUCAUCCAAGCUUCUGGAUUUGUGGAAACCACUGCAAGUCUGGCUGUGGUGGUGACUUGGCAACUUACUCUCACUGUAACCAAGCAGCCGAUGUCAAUCACAACGGCUUUCAAGAACAUAGCAGCCUGAAUGGCCAUCACAAUGGCGAGAUCAAUGGCGUCAUAAAUGGCAACCACCAAAAUGGAUUGACUAACAGUGUCUCGGCAAAUGGUCACUCGGAGGUGAAAUCUUGCCCUUACAAGUUCCGUGCCAUGUUUGAUGUGGUGGAGAUGCCCAUGGACUGGCCUGCAGAAGUGAACUAUCAUGAGGCUAAAGCGUUCUGUGCCUGGAAGGGCUCGGACUAUCGCCUGCCGACUGAGGCUGAACAUCAUGUCAUGCGUGGACCACAGAAAUCCCCUUCAGAAGGUACGGUUUGUGACAUCAUUUACCAGGAUAAGAUUGAAGCAAACAUCAACAUGGCUUAUGGUUCAUCCACUCCUGUUAACUUGUACCCAGCCUCCGAAGCUGGUUUUUGUGACGUCUUUGGAAAUGUGUGGGAAUGGAUCGAGGAUCACUUCAAUGGGCUUGGUGACUUCAAGGCUCAUUUGCUGUAUGAUGACUUCUCCACGCCUUGCUUUGAUGGACGACACAACAUGAUCAUGGGUGGCAGCUGGGUGUCAACUGGUGACGAGGCAUCACGAUUUGCCCGCUUUGCUUUCCGCCGCCAUUUCUUUCAGCAUCUUGGUUUCAGGAUUGCCCAGUCGGUUGUGGACAGGCUCCCAGUGCGUUUGGUAGAAACUCCUGUUUUUGUGCUGGGAGUUGGCGUUGAAGAUAACCCUCCCACUCUGCCUGGAGUUGAUGACAACAGUGUUUAUGUUAGCACGACAAACUACCAAUACCACGACGAUGCGGAGGAGUUUCUGUACAGUGAAGUUUUGUCGCACUACGGAGAUCUUUUGGGAGUGGAGAGCAACGCCGAUGACUGUAAACAGUUUGCACAGAUGUGUCAAGAGGCCGUGCAGAAGUUUGACUGCCCGGUGAAGAAGGCCUUGGACGUUAUGUGUUCUUUGGGACGCUUUUCCUUCGAACUCAGCAAGUUCUUGGAAGAGGUGAUUGCCAUUGACCAUAGCGGCCGAUUGCUUGAUGCAGCUCUCAAGUUGCAACAGGGGUCGUCACUGGAGAUGAACUGUGCCAAAGACUCGCCUUUCAUCAGUAUUCCGCUGAGCGAAAUUGAAGCAAACAUUGAUCGAGUGCAGUUCCAACAGUUUACCUGGUUGCCAAAUGAGAUCGGGGUGUAUGACCUGAUUGUCAUGUCUUGCCUUCACCGCCUGUCCAAUCCAAAAGCUUGGUUGAUUCGUCUGUGGGAGAUCAUCAACACCAGGGGCCUUGUGGUCAUCAAAACCAACGUGGACUGGGACCUAGAGUCGUUGAGAGCUGUUCUAGGAAACAAGUUUACUCUCCUGGAACAACGCCUUGUUUCAAGCAAGCGCGAGGGACUGCGCAAAUCUGACAUGUGUCACUCAAGCGUCACCAUUUGGCGUACCAAGCAAUAAGCUGGCUUCCAAAUGAACCGUUGUGUAGAACGAAUGCAUCGUUACGUUGAAAUGUCACUGAAUAGUCACUUGCUGUUUGAUUAUCUAUAAACUAACUCUGUAUUUCUCACGAAUGCUCAUUUAAUCACUCGCAAACUGCGUUAUUUGCGCAAUUCGCGCGUUCAGUUCUGCCACAGAAAUGUUUGAGAUUCCAGCGAACAAAUCCUUUGACCUGAUUACUUGUUUCACGGUUUUUCAAAUUUUACACCCUUAGUACUUCUCCAGUUCCUUAUUGAAAUCUUAGGUUCCCAUUUCGUUAUUGAUUCUGAGCUUUUACGGGUUGCUUUUCUGCACGUUUCCCCUGAAAACCCAUUAUAUACUGUUUUUGUUUUGAAAAAAUGUUAUUUGGUAGCAAAGUUGGUUGUGUUUUCAUGCAGCAACUGAAGGUGAUUUUAUUUUCAGUGCCAUUACCGUGACCUUUGCAGCGUUCCACAGCGGUUCAUGGGGUUCACACCCCAUCAAGUUUACACUCCCAGCAGUUUUUGUUCUUGUUGUUUUUGUUUUUCAUCUUAUAGGUGACGUAUAUGCCCACCAUAAAAAAAAUAUAACCGUACAUAUUUAACCAGUUUAGUAUAGAACAUAGUUCGUUGUAAUGCUGUAGAGAUAGUUUUGUAGGUGAUUUGGUUUGUGCUACAAUGUUCGUCAUUUAAGUCCUUGGGUGUCUUCGCUUACGAGAAAAAAAAAUCGUUUGAACUAACCUUUAAUUGACACACGCUUGACAAGACUUUUGCAUUUUUAUGCAGAUAGCUUUUCUCGACGUGUACCCUAUAGAGAAAUGGAUAAUUUCUGAAGUAAAAUAAUUAACGUUCGUCUGAGCUAAGCGAAUUAAAAAGUAAACAUCGUUUCUUUUUGGGUUAUUUUUACCUCUUUAAGUUUUGAACCUUGUAGUUUCGAUUUGUAAACAGUUUCAUGGAAGCAACAACUGAAAGAUUCUAUUGCCUCGAGGUCUUUUGACGAAAAUUGUAGGCACGGAAAACUGUUGUGAUUCUGUAACGUUUCACUUGGUUCAGGGAAUACAAUUAGCCGUAUGUAAUAAGCUAACCUGGUUAAUACGUGAAUGCUAAAUGUUAUUCCAGAUAGCAAUUUAAAAUUGCUCUAGUCAUGACAUGAGGAAAUAUAAUCACUAGAAAUAGUUUACUAUAGUCGAGUUUAUGUUUUUGAUAAUCUUUGCAACGUUUUAGAAUGUUGCCUUGCAGUUAGCUUGCUACUAAAUUAAUAUGGAACUGCUGAGUGAACUUCGUGUGAAUGACUUGUAGAGAUGAAGUGUCACGAAUCCGACUUCGGCAGAAAUAAAAAUGUGUUGACUUUA